UGCUGGCGAUGAGGUGGGGGGAGCCCCCAGCCAGGCUUCCUGAGCUGCACAACCACCACUUCCCAGAUAAAAAGUAUCGCCUGGAGGAGCCACAGCAGCUCCCAGGGCGCUGGGAAGGGCCGAGUACUGCACGUGUGGCCCCGGCACGGGGGUUGCAGGAUGGCAGCCUGCCUGUGCUGGGGCUGGCUGCUCUCGCUGAUCCCGGCCGUCCUGCUCAGCCUCCGCAGCCCACCGCCAACCCCUGAGCCAGUGACAUCCCAAGAUGCUGCACUGCUGGCAGGGGUGUCCGAGGACAUCCUCUGUUUCUCCCGCUCCUUUGAGGACCUCACCUGCUUCUGGAACGAGGAGGAGGAGGCAACAAGUGGAAUGUGCCACUUCUACUACUGGUAUAGCAGGGAUAUGCCCACAGCAUGCGUGGUCUCCACAUGGCACCAAGGGGCUGGCGGGAAGCGGCACGUCUGCGUCUUCCCCAGCCAGGACGUGCGGCUCUUCACCCAGCUCCACCUCCGCGUCCUGGAUGCCACCACAAACCAGACAAAGUACCGGCGGGAGCUCAGCGUGGACGCGGUGGGUCUCAUCGCCCCUCCAGUGAACAUCACAGUCCGCUGGGCUGGGGCUGCAGGGCAGCUCUGCGUGUCAUGGCAGCCACCGCUCGCCGACUACCCAAACUUCUUCCUCUACGAGGUGCAGUGCUGCCCUGCCAGCUCCCCAGGGAUGCCCUGCAGCACCACAUGGAACCCCAGUGGGGAGCACCCUGGGGACCCCUCCAUCCAGUCAACCAUCAGCACCCAAACACCCAGGGCUGGGGCAGCCACAGCCUCCCCGGGAGUGGGGCAGGGGCUGGUCCAGGCCAACACCUGGGUGGUGCUCCGGGACCUGCAGCCAGGGCUGAGGUACCACAUCCAGGUGCGCAGCAAGCCCGACGGCACCUCCAUGGAUGGCGUCUGGGGGCCCUGGUCGCAGGCAGUGGCUGCAGAGACACCCCACUCCUCCGGUGAGCAGCCACCCCCUCUGCCGGCGUGCUGGCAGGAACAGCGGGGAGGCACCCACGCCUGGGGCUGCAAGGGGUGGGGGGCCUGGGGUAGAGGCGAGGUGCAGCACCCAAGUUUUGGGGGGCCAAGGGGAAGCAGCCUCCUCCCCGCCCUGGCUCUCACCUGCCCAGGAGACAUCGGGCUGUGCUGCAGCACCCCUGACCUGCAGAAUGUGCGCUGCGAGUGGACCUGGGACCCCGCAGAGCCCCGCAGCUCCCACCAGCUCUUCUACCGGCCACCUCCAAGUGGGGCUGGCACAAGGGAAGCUGCAUGGCAGCAGUGCAAAGAGGUGAGCAUGGGGGCACAGGGCACCCACACCUGCACCUUCCAGCCCAGGGCUGGCAGUGCCAUCUCUGUCCUGGUGAACAUCACCCAGGCCCAGAUGCUGCCCACGCUCAGCUUCUUCAAGGAGCCCUUCUGGCUGCACCAGGCUGUGCUCACAGACGCCCCGCAGCUCGUGCAGGCGACAGCAUUGCAGGGCCGUCUGAGCCUGCAGUGGCUCCCGCCCCUGGAGGUGCUGGCAGAGCAGCUGGACUACCAGAUCCGCUACGCCGUGGAGAACAGCCAUGACUGGAAGGUCCUGCAGGUUCCACGGGCAGCCAGGAAAGAAGUCCUGGACCUCCGGCCAGGCAGUCGCUACCAGGCCCAGGUGCGGGCCCAGCCCGGCGGGCCGUGGUACCGGGGCAGCUGGAGCGCCUGGUCCGAGCCUGUUGUGGUUGAUGCCAUGGCCGAUGCAGGCUGGAUCAUCCCCAGCGUUACGGUGGUGCCGCUGCUCUUCACAGCGGUGCUCCUGGGGCUGCGGUGCACCUUCCCCUCCCUCUACAGCAACGUGAAGCAGAAACUCUGGCCGCCCGUCCCUGACCUGCACCGUGCCCUGGGCAGCUUCCUCCAGGAGAGCAGCAAGCACGGCCAGGCCAGCGCCUUCGAGAAGCAGCCGCCGGAGGAGGCCGUGCUGCCCUGCCUGCUGGAGGUGCUGCCGGGCCCGCGGGGCGAGGCGGGCCCACCGCCGGAGCACGCUGGAGGCCGCCUGCCCAGCACCGACAUCGCCAACCAGUCCUACCUGCUCAUGAGCGGCUGGGAGCCGCGGGGGGCCGCGACCGCGACCGCCCCCGCCCCGCCAUAA